AUGUCGAAGAAUUCUAUCCCCAACGAUGUCACAGGGAUCCAGAAUGAUGCCCUCCGCUUCGGGCUGAGCGGCGUCAAGAGCGAGAUCGUCGGGGUCCAUCCCCUUCAGCCCCUCAUGGAAUCGGUAAUCCGUCUUCUCCCUUUGGUCGAUUCUUCAUUUUUUUCUGUUUUUAUUCUUCUAUGUUUUAAAGAUUUUGGACUACUAUGGCAUCUACUCCGGGCUACUUGUAUUCUACCUUUUUUUGCUAUGGGCAUUUCGCCGUUAGGUCUCUUCCUAGGUCUCAUCGGCUGGCCCAACCUGUGACUUAAUUUCCAUGCGCUGUGAUUUUUUAAUUUCUCAGACAAAGAGGACGCAUGAGGAGAUGAAGAGGAUGGCCAUGGCGAACGUUUAUGGAUCGGCCUUCCCGUUGAAGAUGGAUCUCGACCGGCAAAUCUUUUCUAGGUUCAUAAAUAAUUCGACAACUUCAUGCCCUUUAAUUUUCUUCUUUUUUUUUCUUCCCUCUUAAUUUGUUCCUGGGUCAUUAUUGGCUUGGAAUCUGGUUGGCCGGUUAGGUAUACUGUUGAAGUUAAAAAAAAAAUUCUCGUUGUUUGGGGAUGGUGCGCGUUGUAGCGUCAUCUGUUUACACUGUUGUUCUACUAGAUGUUGUCAUCGUGUAUCCUACGACAUCGCCAUAUACUGCGGUUACAUUGGAGUCGUUCCCUUUUAACUGAACUGUAGGGAGAAACUUGAAUUUCCUUCUCAGGAAUGGUGCAAAUAUUUUAUUUCUAUGGCAGUCCAAUAGUUGAUCCCUCCGUGAGGCUGUUGCAUUUUUGUUGCUGAGGCUUCAUUGUUUUUGUUAUCAGAGGAAUUCGUCGACUAGACAUUAAUAUAUUGUCCUUUUUGGUAGUCCUUGGAAUGAAUUCUGUGAUAAAGAGCAACUAAUUAGAUUUGAGGCAAUUCUGAUCUAGGGAGGGGGCUAGAACCUGUGGAUGAUGACCUGUCCUAGAACUUGGAUUUCACAUAUUCGGAUUUUUUGCGAGGAGAAUUUGAUAUACACGCCAAGGAAGAAGAACCACGAAUACUGGGUGACAUGUCUGUGGUUAUUUGCUUUAUAUGUGAGCGUCAAAAGUGGGAGAUUUUCCUAUGAAUGGUUUCGUUCUUCCUCUGAAACCAUUGGUUGAGUGGACUGCUUCAUUCAAACUCGUUUUCUUUUCUGGGUCCGAUUACUAGAGACUCUGAUUCUGGUCGUAAGCUUUGCAAUCCACUAGUUUAUAUCUAUCGUUUUCUGAAGUUAAUUGCAUAUUGUUUAACAAGGUUAUGACACUUCUACCUUGAAACAAUUGAUAAGUGGUUGCUAAUUGUACCUCCAAAUGAUUUUGCAUUGUUAAUGCUGAGUCACCUCUUUCAUGUUUGUUAUUCAUGCUGACCGUUUAGUAACCUUCAUGCUUUGUUCGCCAUUUUUGGAAUCAAUUAUCUGUAGGUAAUUUAGUGACAGAUAGGCUUGAUCAUAUUUCAUUUUUUUUUAAUGUUUUUUCUAGUCAUCUCUGUUUGUUGGUACAUCUGGGUGUUGACCGUCCACUCGUUCGUGUUUUUUUAAUUACUUUUCGGAUCUGUCCUUGAAUAUCCAGGUUGGCAUUGAAAGAAAGUCCCAGUGGGUAAAAUGGGAGAUUUGUAUCAGUGGCUUCCUCAAUAAGCUAUUUUUAUAGUGUUUGAUUAUGUAACACUCCAACGUUUCAUAAUUGUGAACAAUGUAGUCAAAGGGAAUAUCAUGUUCUCUUAAGUUCAUCAGUUGUGUAGACGUAGCAUUAUGCUACUGAAAGACAAUAUGUCGACGAAUCCCCUGCUUAACCGUUGAAAUUAAUAAGUGAAGUUAAAGUAGAAACAAGGAUACAUUUUUGUUGAUAAUUUUCCUGAGAAGGAUACUCCAAUGUAUCAUAGGACGACAAAGUGGCUCAAUUGAAUUCAUUUUCCCUUCUUUAUGAUGAAAUUUCUUUGUGCUAUGGGCGUCAAAUGCAUAGUUAACAGUUGUAACGUGAUUCGUUUAUUUCAGACUGGUUCAUAUAGUUUGAUCCUAUAUAGAACUGAACGGAAAAUAUUUCAAAACUAUGGUCCUGUUUGUGUAAAUUUAUUUGAAACCUUGUUUCUGUGGCAUCUUGCUGAUUAAUCAGCGUUCCUUUUGGUGGAUGUAAUCUGCAGUAUUAGGCUAUGCGUGUGGUCUUUCUGUUUUGUGGAAAAAUAAUGGAGAGGUUGGUGCAGUCAUACUUCUUUUACUUACUUAAUUACACUGUUUAUUCAGUGCACAGCAAGAUUUCAGCGAGAGAUAAUAAAGAAGAUAGUAUGUUAAUUACACUACGACCCAAUAAAGGAAAAAUAGUUACACAUAGUUUGGGCUCCUAGAAUAUGACGCUCUUGUGGCAAUCCAUUUGAUUGGUAUCGAAAGGACCAAUUUAUUGGGAUGUCAAAUGCUCGACAAGCUGCUACAUUAGUGGCGCAUAAACCAUGUUCGUCAACCAAGUUUGUUCGGUGGUCGUAAUUGGUUAGUGGGAAAAAAGCGGAAGAAUAAAGUAAUAAUCUUGGACCCAGCUAUUAGGACUUUUCUGGUUUUGCCUUCCACUUUUCUAAAAGAGAAAUUCAUUCUGUGUAGGGUCCUCCCAUGCCAUUUGAUAGGCAUCGUGGUUCAUAGAGUUUGAACUUAUACUUUGGCAUUAUGAAUCGGAAUAUCAGAGCUGUAUCGGAUGUAUACAGUUGUUCCGUGGAAUUAUGAUUUUUUCCAGUAUCAUAAAUUUUUACUAAAUAUAUCAAUUAUAUGUAUAACUGUACACUAAGCUUACGUGGAAUAAAUAUCAUGACUCCAAGUUUACCUCUUCUAGUCAUGCAAUUUGAAGCUUCAGCAAUGGUUUAGAGAAUUUAUCCAGACUAUUUAAGUACCUUAAUGGAGGUUUAGUUAACACAUCUUCAGUUCGCAAAUGCAACCCUUUCAUUAUCCUAUUUGAUAGGAACCAUAAUCGGAUGCUUUUUUUGCAAUUGUUGCUUCUAAUGGGUGAUUCAGUGCCUAAGAAAGUGAAAUAGACCUUGACGAGAGGAGUCCUGGAGCAGAUACCUCAACUUUCCUAUCACAUUAUUCGGUCGUCUUCUGUAGAUUGUUGUGCAAUCUGGUAAGAACUAGAACUUCAUUACUAAGGAAGUAGACAGUCUUUUAAGUGAAGAGACUCUAAUAAAUGUAGCCCGUCUCGUUUGUCCUCUUAUUUCCUGCAUUUUCAGAACUCUCCAUUGACAAUGUGGCCCAAUGUUAAAAAAACACCCUGUUCAAUUAGAUACAGACAAGAGAAGAACAUGGAUUCCCAAAUGUCACAAGAAAGGAGAGACAGGAAGCUGAGAGAUAAAAAUGCUGAUAGAAAUAUAAAGCAAGAGGGGGGGAGGUAGGCACUGUUCUACUUCCUAUAAGAGGGAGUUAGUUCGUUCCCUAUUAGUAUUAUUCCACGACAGCUGCUACAAACUAUGAACUGCGUAAAAUCCCCAUAAAAGGGCAGCCGUAGCAUAUUUUUUUUAUGGCAGGAUCAGUGUGAAAAUCGUAAUUUUUUGUUCAUUUUGAGUUCCUAUAAAGUACGAAUACAUCCAUGGUAUUUUAUUCCCUAUGUGUAGCCAUUCGCAACGGACAUGUACGUAAUCCCUCUCCAGUAUUUCUCUAGUUUAAUUCACAACUGACAAUAAACUGUUGAUGCUUGUAUGCAUUUCUGCGUCUGCCAUGCAUGAUUUGCUUACAUCGCCAAAACUAGGAAUGCUCUAAGAACAAUUCUCCAUUUCUGGCAUUUCAACUUCUUAUGAAGAGGAAAAGACGUCUUUGAAAUUUGUUCGAGCGUCUACGAAAGCCAAGUCCAAAGUUCUGACUUGGAAUUCCCAUGGGUAAUGAUCAUCUCAGGGUGUCUGUCAAAAUCCCACUCUCUGUCUUCAAAUAAGUGAACUAAAGUGAUAGGAACUUAACAUUCCUUCAUAUUUUUUUUUGUAUCUUCUUCAGUGUGAAGAACAGCUUCUGGUUACGCGGCUCGUUGCUGCUAAUCUUGAAACUGAUCAUAUACCUUAUCGGUUAAUUUUUAAAUUCUGAUCAGACAACUCUUACUGUUUUGCUAUCACAGAUUCCAGAGACCUGCAGGGGCGCUUCCUUCCUCCAUGCUCGGCUUGGAGGCUAUUACGGGCAGCUUGGAUGACUUUGGAUUUGAGGACUACCUCAACGGUAACGAUUCCUGCUUAUUAUUUUCCAUCGUUACUCCGUAAAAUCACGAGUUCUUGGAUGCUGUAACUUCCUAUCACGUUUCUGCUCCCCCGUUUUCAGUCUUCUGGGAUGCGAAUCCUCCGGGGGGAUUGUCUUCUCCUUAUGACGCUUGUUUCAUCCUCUUGCGGCCAGUCAUGAAAGGGUCUCAUUUAUCUUUGUUCUUCUCUUUUUCCGCAGACCCACGAGAUUCUGACAGCUUUCGACCAGCCGACAUGCAUCACGGGAUGGAGGUUCGCCUGGGCAUCUCCAAUGGCCCAGCUCAUCCAAGCUUCAUCUGA